CCGACAUGUUCCAUCGAGUUGUUGGGCCACGUUCGGCGGCGCUGUGCCGUCGCUCCAUGACGCAUGAAGCACGGAUCCGCAACAAGGGCGUCGCGCUAUUGUCUGGUCUGGACCUGCAGCUCGGCGGCCACCUCAGCGAGGUGAAGGUCACGUACGAACAGUGGGGCGACCAGACGUUGGACGACGAUCGCACCAUUGUGAUCUUCCCGUCGUUCUCGCAUUCGUCCCAUGCCGCAUCCAACCGCGACGACCCCCGUCCUGGCUGGUGGGAGAACAUGAUCGGACCUGGGAAGGCCAUCAACACGUCGGCAUUCCGCGUCAUUUGUCCGUCGGUCCUGGGCAGUCCGUACGGGUCAACGUCACCGUUGACGGACGACCCCACAACGGGCAAGCCAUUCCGCGGCACGUUUCCUCAAAUUACCCCCGCCGACAUGGCGAGGGUGCACGCCAAGUUGUUGGACCACCUGGAGAUCGGCCGCGUCCAUGCCGUCGUCGGAGGUAGUAUGGGAGGCAUGCAGGCUGUGCAGUUUGCGUCUCUGUUUCCGGAACGGUUGGACCGGCUCGUGGCCAUUUCGUGCACCGCGCAAACGACGCCCGGCACGGUUGCAUUCCGCCGCGUGCAGCGCCUCGCGAUUCUCUCAGAUCCUGCCUACAAUGACGGGAAUUACGAGCCCGGGACGGUGCUGGCCGGGAUGAAAGUUGCGCGUGAGUUGGGCAUGACAUGCUACCGAUCUCGGGAAGAGUUUGAUUCUCGCUUUGACUGGAGACCGUCCGGGUCGCCCCACUUUCGCGACGUGACAUUUGACGUGGAAAACUACAUGGACUACCAGGCCAACAAGUUCGCCCGCAUCUUUGACCCCAACUGCUAUCUCGUUCUGUCGAAAGCCAUGGACCUCACCAACGUUGGCCAUGGCUUCUCCAACUUGGCCGAAGGAGUCGGUCGCAUCAAGAGCGACACGCUCGUCAUCGGCGUCAACCAGGAUUUGCUCGUGCCCCCCACGGAGCAAGCCACAAUUGCUAACAUCCUCGAGUCGUUUGACGUGCCGGUGACGCUCAAGCUUCUGAACUCCAAGUAUGGCCACGACGCGAUGUUUCAUCCUCAGAUGCAAACCGUGAUCUUUGCGCCGCUUGUGCAAGCGCACUUGGAAAAGGGACUGGAAGCGACGUUGGACCACGAGCAACAGCGAUACAGCAACUUGUAACAACACACGCCUUUAUUUGGAUCCGUCGACAACGCCGUGGGUGUGGUCAAGCAGUCGCCACAGUUCGUCGGCGACUUGAAAGUCGUCGUGAGGCGCGCGCAAUUCGAAACUGGUCAGGUUCUUUUGCGAGGGGGCAUGGAUACCUGACAUAUCGGAUGAGAGUGAGAGGAAGGCGAAUUGUGACGUACAUCCAGCAAUAUGGUCGCUCGAUAGGUCCCACUUAAUUCCUGUUAUGGCUGCAUACAAUGCAAUCGUUUGCCUAAGGUCA